AUGGCCCGCGGCGUCAGCGCCGCCGUCGACGCGAUCCAGCAGGUCCGCGCCGACCAGUCGAGCCUCCGAAAUCAGCAGUCGGCGCAUGCCGGCGGCAUCCAGGAGCUCUCCAAGCGCUUCGAGCAGCUGGCGGCAGCCGAAGCUGCGGCGGGCAACGUGCCGGCGUGGGUGGAGCAGAGCAUUGUGCGCAUGACGGACGUCCUGGCCGCCGCGGUGCGGCAGAUCGAGGUCCUCGCCGACCGCUGCAGCGCGCUCGAGCGCCAGUUGCAACAGCAGCAGCAAGCAGCGCGUAGUGCUGAGACUGCCGGGUCGCGCGAGGCGGUGUGCGACGACCUCGCGGCGGCGCGAGCAUCGCUCGCGCAGCACGUGCCGUCCGGGGAGAGCGUGGUGUCGCCGCCGCGUCGAGGGGCGGUCGCCCCGGCAGGUCCACCGCGUGGUGUUGACCAGCCCGGCCCGCUCGAGGGCGGCGACAGCAUAUCGUGGAGCGACGCAGCGCAGCGCACGGAGAGUCCCGUUGUGGUGUCGGAGCCGUCGGGCGCGUGCGAGGGCGACCGGCCCGGGAGCGUUGCGGUUGGGGAGCCAGUUGCCCAGUGGGCGCGCGGGUGUGCGGGGGGGGAGUAG